AUGGCAUCCGAAGACCCCUUUCUCCAAGUCCAGGCCUACAUCCGCAUCCGCUCCUCAGCCUCCUCAGCAACCAGCCCCGAACUCGUCGAAGCACGCUCCGAACUCGAGUCCACCCUUACAGACCUCAGCGCCGACCUACGCGAUCUAGUCGACAGCGUAAAAGCCGUCGAACACGAUCCCUACCGCUAUGGUCUAGAAAUCGACGAAGUGGAGCGACGGCGAAAACUCGUCGAAGAUGUAGGCGCCGAAGUCGAAGACAUGCACACCGAGCUCGCAAAAACAGUCGAGCAAGCACAGAUACACGGAAAAGGCAAAGGCAAAGAAACUUCCUUGCCGCAUCCUAGCGCUUUCGAUAGCGAUGAUGAAGAGAUGGGAGAUGGUGAUUAUGCGCAGUUUGAACAGCAGAGACAAGAGGAGAUUAUGCAGCAGCAGGAUGAGGCUUUGGAUGAUGUCUUCAAGACUGUAGGCACUUUGCGCCAACAAGCAGAUACCAUGGGCCGCGAGCUCGAAGAACAAGCGGAUCUGCUUGAUGAUGUUGACAAUAUUGCCGAUCGCGUGGGAGGAAAGCUUCAGAAUGGCAUCAAGCAGAUUGGUUGGGUUAUUCGGAAGAACGAAGAUACAUACUCCAGCUGCUGUAUCGCCGUUCUAAUUGUUGUCUUGAUCAUCCUGUUGAUCUUCUUGCUGGCUUCAUGA